CGUAGAUAAAUGGAAAAAUCCAAUCCUCCCACACUACAAGAGCUUUGGCCCAUUGAGCACUGCAGAAAAUUUACUUCACAAUUGAUCAUAUCAGAGUGCGUUCAAUUGAUGAUUGAGAAGAUCCAAGCUGUUGUAUAAGCAAACCACAGGGUCUAGCCAAGAUCAAGCUUUCUUAUGUUUACCCAAGGUCUCUUAAUGCGUCGCGUAUGAAGUUGUCGAGCAGAAGUAUAAGAAAGGUAUUCUACCCAAGCCACUAUGGUAAACACAACUGUAUGUGGGAGUCUGGAAGACAAGUCUUUAAAAUUGGUCAAGAUUCUGAGUUACAGUUUGAUUCUUAUCAUUUCGCUACUUGGAAAUACAGCCAUUAUUGCCAUAACUGCACGAAACUCUCGCACUCUGACUACAGUUAACUAUCUCAUUGCUAACAUGGCGGCGUCAGACUUGCUGAUAUCAAUCUUCGCUGUUCCAAGCCAACUAAGUGGACACGCCUGGCUAAUCGAUGGGGUUGUGGGCUCAGUUUUAUGCAAGCUUGUUUUUUUCUGCCAAGAUAUCUCCACAGCUGUUUCGAUUCAAAGCUUGGUCGUUAUUUCUAUUGAAAGAUAUAGAGCAAUAGCACAUCCAUUUCGCCCUGCAGUCAUUACACCGAAAAGAUGCAAACUGAUCAUUCCGCUUAUAUGGUUCGCAGCUGUCUCUCUGCAUGGAAUAUAUUUCUAUACAGCCCGCCUCGAGUCCAAUAACACUACAACAACAUGCAAAUUCAGUUGGGAGCCAACAUUUGACGAUCGCCAAACGAUGGAGCUAUAUGUGGCGGUGGUUUUGGCGCUAGUUGUUUUCAUACCUCUUUGCUUUAUAGCUUUUACUUAUUCGCGAAUUCUCUGGGUGCUGAGCAAGUCCGAGGACUCCAUGCAUCGCGCCGAAAACAGCAAAGUUUUUAAGAACGUGUGUGCGAUCAUGAUUGCAUUUGCAUGUUGUGUCCUCCCAAUUAAUAUUUUUGCUAUUUUGUUUUACUUUGUAUGGAAACGGGAAACUUCUUGUAAUAUAAUCCUGUUUGGUGUGUUCUCAAAGCUCGCCUUAUAUUCAAAUUCUGCCAUAUCUCCCAUAAUUUCAUUGGUGCGUUUUAACAGAUAUCGCCAGGGUUUGAAAGAUAUUUUAAAAAUAGUAUCAUUGCAUUUUUGGUACAAAGACAGCAUUGGAAACAUUUCAAACCUCGGUGAUUUAGAAUUAAAAGGAGUUUCCUCCCGCGAGGAAAACUUGCGGAUCAGCGUAAUAGAUUCGCAGAUUACAAGCUUGUCAACUUAAACGGUUGCGUACCUAAGACGCAACGUGGAAUUCCCAUAGUAAAACAGAAAGCUUUCAGAAGUAUAAAAUACCAUUUUUGGUUCUCUAUCUGAGGGAGCCUUUGGACAGCUUUAUAUUUGGACAGCUUUAAACUGCUUAAACCUAGUUUAAAUUUUAAGUAGCGUACAACUUACUGAUCUGAAAGACAAAGAUACAGAUGGAAAAUUAAACAAAAGGGACUUAUGAACUGUCUUUU